CCUUACUGAAUGGUUUCUGCAGGUGGAACAGGAGUUCCUCCUACGCCAUGUCACCUCUCCGACCACCAAAUAUCGGAUACUGGUCACCAACCUUUCGCCUGAACUCCUGCUCUCCGUCAGUUCGACACAGUAGCAACAGCAUCCUCCCUCUGGCUUUAGUGGCGGUCUCCAUUUGGGAUAUUGAUGGUGGUAAAGGCGGCGGCCUGUUUGUUUGGAAACCAGAAACCCGAAUUCUGGACUCGGACUUUGAGCUGUUAACAUCUGGUUCACCCCCGAAGAAGAUUUGUGCUAGUCGAAACGAUUACAGCGGAAUAUAUAACGCGAUAAACAUGAAUCCGAACAAGGGCGAGAAUAACCGUGGACUACUUUCGUCAGUAACGCCCGUGGCAUCGGCCCUUUACAGGAGGCGCACUUCUUCUAAAGCUGGAUCGCCACACAAGCUACUAAAAACUCCACCUAAACCAUUGACCAAGUUAUUUUGGACGGCACCACUAUUAGCGACGGCGAUAUGUCAACGGAACAAAAUCAAAACUCCCCAGUCGGGGAAGGAAGACCAGGCGGAACGAAAAGAACAUCAAUUAGACCCGAUGUGACGAUAAGGAGUAUAUUAUCAGCAGAACCGGACCGUCCAAUCGGUAGCCAUCGUACAUCAUCACAGAGUGAAUGCGAAACGAUUCACCCACUCGGGAAGAUUAACUCUCCAACCGACGCC